AUGGCAACAAAGUCCUUUCUUAUUGCCUUCCUUCUCUUUCUGUCUCCUCUUACAGGCCGUUAUGCGAUGGUGGUAUGUGGUGACAUUGCUGUCUAUGCCAGUGGGAAUGCUCGAUCUACUGGUGGGGCAGGGGCUGUGGCCAUGCUGGUUGGGCCCAAUUCUCCCCUGGUACUAGAACGAGGACUUAGAGGAACCCAUAUGGAGAAUGUGUACGACUUCUACAAACCUGACCUGGCCUCAGAAUACCCUGUGGUAGAUGGGAAGCUCUCAAUUCAGUGCUACCUUCGAGCCUUAGAUCGUUGCUAUGCAUUUUAUCGAAAGAAAAUUCAGAAUCAAUGGAAGCAAGCUGGCAUUGAGCGACCAUUCACUCUGGAUGAUUUCCAGUUCAUGAUUUUCCACACACCUUUCUGCAAGCUAGUCCAGAAAUCAGUGGCACGUUUGGUUUUCAAUGACUUCCUGUCGGCCAAGAGUGAUGAUCAGAAUAGCCGCUACAAGGGUCUAGAGGCUUUCAGGGAUUUGAAGCUGGAAGACACCUACUUCAACAAGGAGGUAGAAAAAGCUUUUCAAAAAGCCUCUCUAGAUGUAUUCAACCAGAAAACCAAAUCUUCCCUCAACCUCUCCACCCUAAAUGGGAACAUGUAUACCUCUUCCCUCUAUGGGUGCCUGGCCUCCCUCCUCUCCCAACAUACUCCCCAGCAGUUGGCUGGAGCCAGGAUUGGUGCCUUUUCUUACGGCUCUGGCUUAGCUGCAAGUUUAUUUUCAAUUAGAGUUUCCCAGGAUGCUUCCCCAGGUUCCCCCCUGGAGAAAUUAGUGUCUAGUGUAUCAGACUUGCCAAAACGCCUGGCCUCUCGUAAGCGUGUGUCCCCUGAGGAAUUCUCUGAAGUCAUGUCCCAGAGAGAGAAAUAUUCCCAUGAAGUGAAUUUCUCUCCUCCUGGUGACACAAGCAGCCUCUUCCCAGGCACAUGGUACCUCGAGCGAGUGGAUGAGUUGUACCGUCGAAAGUAUGCACGGCGGCCUCUCUGAGAAGGGACAGAUGAUCCAAGCUGCCUGUGGCCCAUCUAGGCAUUGGAUAAAGUGAACUCCAGGAGACACUGGCCAUGAGCAAUGCAGAAAGUCCAUAUUUUAGCUCCCAGCAGCAAAUCAAAUACCUGCCCUCAACUGUCAAAGUACCAUACAGCCUGGACCAAAUGGCCAACAUGAGCAUACUGCAUAGAGGCUUUCCUAGCAAUGCAGCCCAGUGAUGAACUGUUUGCAGAGCUUUUCCUUAGUCCUUUCUCUUUGAAGAUCACCAGUACCUCCCAUACCUUCUGGUAUACAAAAACACAUUUAUGGAGCCAAGUACAAAAGACCCCUUGGAGAAGAAGAUAAAAGACCCAAAGUGAUAUCUACUAUUUACCCCUAGAAUAAUAACAUUGGUGAAUUUGUGCUGUAC